AUGUGGUCCUGUGUCGAGCCUGUUUCGUCCAUCGAUGAGUCGAUAGUGGGUGUGUUCUGCACGAAUGGAUUACUGCGUAUUUCGAGCCAGCAAACGAUCACAAGAGCUCCUACCGUCAAUGGUAUCCUGCAGAACAAUCGAUUGGUAAUAUCGGUGGACAGUGCCAUCAUACUGUUUCAGGAUGAAAAGCGCUGCAACGAAGCGAGUAUUCUCGACGUUGAAUAUUCGGUCGAAACCAUCACCGUCUCAGCGAGUGGUAACAUUAUUGUAUGUGGGCUCUCAAACGGGACAAUCUUUGGGCUGCAUAUUACCGGUGUGAAGCUGUUCGAAUUUGCGAUCGAACCAACCGACCGUGGUACCGAUUGUGCAUCGUUUGCCGGCAUUUGCGACACGGGAAAUGGACGGUUUUUGGUGCAGACCACCCGCGGCACGCUGUACCGGGUCGCACUGGAUGAAUCGAUGGUGGAGGAAUCAAUCGAUGCCGUGUCGAACCCCGACCAACUGGCCGAUGUUGCUAAGUACGAGCGAUUGAUCGGUAAAAAGUUUGAAGAUCGUAUCGUGUGCUUCAUCGCGCUCCGCCACUACCACCUGGGAAAGCAGUCCAGCGUACCGUUGAUCGCUGCAGCCAAUAGCGAUACGAUCUUUUUCUACCGCGAAGAAAAAGCCGAACAAGUUCAACUGAAACCGGAGUAUAAAGGAGUGAAGAAAAUGUUUACCCUUAUGAACUGCGUUUUUGCCCUCACGAACAAUGGACAGUUGUUCGAAAUAUGCCCAUUAACGAAACUCAUGUCGGAGCUACCAUGCACGUUCCGAAUCGACGAUAUUGUUACUCUGCAGGCCACGGCGGAUGUUAUAGAGAUGCUCAUCACCACAAAGGCGGACGCGAAUGGAAAGAAGUUGAUGAAAAUUGUCAAUUUCCCAACCAUGGAAAUAAAGCAGGAAAUGGAAAUGACCGAACAUACCUGGCUGCUGCAGCAGCCGAAAAACUCGGCCAAUAUCUACUACAUCGCCGGUCAGACCUACAAGGAGCCGGUUGUGCAGGAGAUCGAGCUGAAAAUACUCUCCGAGACCGAUCCCUCGUUACGGCUGCUAAAGCUGCUCAAGAUUGGCCGGUUGGAUGAGGCGGAAGUGUUCGCGAAGCAGUUCGAUCUUGACCUACAGCUCGUGCACAAGACUCGGGCCAAGCUGCUUCUCGACGAGCUCUCGACGGCGGGCAACGAGGAGACCAUCUUUGGCAAAUUGAUGCAGGUGCUGGCGGCGGUCGACGAUACGGAUUAUCUCACCAGCAUUCGCCGGGCCAGCAUUGGUGAUAGAAACAUGAAGAAACGCUUCCUUCAGUUUCUCCUUUCCAAAGUGUCCACCGGUGGGAACGCUGAAAUGGAUCCUGUGAUCGAUAUCAACGAGCGCGUACUAAGAAUCGAAACGCUGCAACUGAUUGAUCCGUUCGAUAUCGAUCAAGACUGGCAGCAGUUCGUGUACCACGACAAUUUACCACAGCUAUGCACCGAGCUGUUCCCGAAGGACAUGGAUGCGGCUUGCCUGAUCUGGUCGCGUCACUUUGCCAGCAUCCUGCCACAGUUGGAUGAUGCGAAAGUGACCGCCUUGCUACGCGCCAUCCCGAAGGAGACAUCUCCACUGCACGUGAUCCAGUGGCUGUUGCACUUUGUUAGUCCCGUGCUUCAUCACCUGCCGCAGCUGAUGAACCAAUUGGUGCAGUUCAUCGUAGGCCGCGCCAAGUCGUUCCAAAAGCUCCCGGGUUGGCCAAUGAUCGGACUCACGUUCAUCGAGGACGCGAUCAAGAUCCUGCAGGAGGUGAACUUUCCGCUCAUCGACCUGCGGCUUCAGUUCGACAGCAACAUGGAGGAACUGCAGCGUCUCGCCGCUGCGCUGCGUGAUCUCGUUACGCUAAAGCAGCAGUUUAACCUGCUAGCCAGCCUCGAUUGCUACAUGCAGGAGGAUAUGGAAAGCACCGCCUUUCGGCUGUUGCAAAUAACGCCCCUCAAUCUGCUCGCCCGCAUCGUAACCGAGUUCCUGUACAAGUUCUUUGUCGGGCAGGAGGUAAAACUGUUCCAGCAGAUCGAGCGCUACAUCCAGUUUCUGGUCGCCAACCAGUACAAUAGCUUCUGGGACCAGCGUUGCAUCACGCUCGUGGAGCUGCUGUACGACGAGCAGCAGCAGCUUGAGAUGAUACUAACGAUACUGCGUGCUGCCCCCGUUCCCUGGUCAUCGACUGUCGCCUCGCUGCUGAAGUACGCCACCGGCGGACACCCGACCGCAAAGGAAAUCCUGAUCGAGCAAAAAUCACAAAUCCUGAAGUGCCUGAAGAUCAAGUAUGGCUGGAGCCUCAAGGCUCCGUGCAACGCUCGCCUGCUGGUCCAACGCGUGCUCAAAGUGCACCUGCCCGAAAUGCUCGGUGAUAUCCGGGCCAUCGUGAAGGCGUCACCGGAGCUCGCGUUCACAACCGAUUUGAGCGUGCUGGCAAAGCUGGCGGAGUACGGUGACAUUUUGGCCGCCGCCGAGUAUCUCGAUGGGCUCGAAAAGAGCCGGAAGGAGCAGUGCUGUCGGGGAUCCAUUGCUAUGAUGAUCCGCAUGGUCGACGGAGGAAAGAUUUCAAAAGACCUGGCGAUGGCGUACCUCGAGGCACUUCAAAUGUUGAAACACCGUGCGGAACCGCUGCAGCAGAAAAGCAUCCAACAGAUCGUUAACAUCGUUCAGCUGCGCACCGAGUUCGGGCUGUCCGUAACGUGUCAAAGUUUCAACGACGCUUCCGAACGCUCCGCACUGCUCCAGGCCGGCAUUCGAUUCGUGCUCUCCAAGAUCAAGGACAAUCGGGAACAAUUUCUCGACCUGCUGCUUGGUGCAUCCCGCCGCCUUUCCUCGCUGCUCCGGUACAACCUGCUGGACUGUCUGCACGAAGUGAUGCUGCUGCUGGACAACGUCCACAUGAGCUGCUUGCUGGCGGCCCAGCUUCCAGAGAUGUCCGAUUUGCGCCAACCGGAUGCGUUCACCCCGGUACACCGCAUCGUGUCGCUGCUGUUGGCCCAGCAGAUGAGGCUCCUGCAUGACAGUGGGUGCUCCGGUUGGGUCGAAGAUCCGCUUACCUUCCCCAUCUGUCGCGAGCUACUUUACCGCACCACCGGCGGAUGCCCCGCUCAAACGGCUAUCCGGUUCGAGCUGCUGCGCUGGAUCCAGAUCGGCGUGCGCUACUACCCGUCCGGAAUUGAAUUCGAAAGCCACCGCCGUACGAUCGUUCCCGAGCCCGUCUUUAGCUCCAUGUACGAGCGGCUGUCGAAGGAAACCAUCGUGUCGAUGAACGGAAAAUCCCCACCAACAAACGGCCACUCGAAGCGGGAAUCGCUUUCCACGUUCGACGUGGUAAACGAUGACUUCGAUCAGGUGACCGUGCCGCGGAACCGGCACGUGCAGGAACAGGAAACGAUCGUCAAGUGUGUGGGGUUGGCGAUGCAAGUGCUGCUGUGCCGAGUGCGGGACGCCAAACCGUCGCAAACGUUCGUGCACCUGUUGCAGCGGAUGGAACCGAUGGAUGAGGUGUUAAUUUCGAACGAAUUCCAGACCACCCUGGACCAUCUAAUCCGGGCGAAACAGUACCCUCCGGUGGUGAACGUCGUACACUUGCUGAUGUCUUACAAGCCCGCGAUCGGGUUGCUUGUACCGAUGAACUACGCCGAGAACGUGUAUCGUAAAUCCAUCAAGUAUAUGCUAUCGCAGAAGGACCCCAACUACAGUAGUGCUAUAAUGACGCUAUUUACGUGCGAACAGCGUGAUAUGUGCUUGGAUUACUUGCGAACACAACUUACCAACGAGUCGCAACGCGUUUCCCUGCACACGCUGCUCGAGUUCUACUAUUUCACCCUCGGACAGGAGGAAAAGGCGGUUGAGGAGCGGAGGCAACGUUUGCGCUACACGCUCUUCCACGAGCUGUGUAAGCUGGACCCGGCCCUGAAGACGAAGAAGGCGUUCGUCUUCCACUCGCAAGCGGACCUAAUGAAGGAGCUCACGCACAAGCUGAUCGGCGUGGAGCUGCUGCGCAAGAUGAGCGACGCGUUCAGCUGGGAUUAUCAGCAGAUGGUGGUUUCGCAGAUCGUCACCUACUUCGGCCGCCAGGAGCUCUCCUUUACGGUCCACACGGACGAGUUUGGGCACGAGCAGGUACAGGUGCACGAUACAUCGGAGGCGAUGCUGGCGCAAGUGCGGCCAUACCUCGACGAGAUCGGCAACGCGGUGCUACUGUGCUCCCAGCUGACCAAGUACAUGGAGCAUGCGAACAGCUACUUCUAUGAGCAGUUUUUCGCCAUCUUCGACAUCUUGGCGCAGUUCAGCGAGGCAAGCGACGAGAUUGUCCACUGGCGUAAAAUCCUAGGCUACAUGCAGUCGACGCUCACCGGCCGCCGACGGCACCGGCCCGCCCAGGCCGAGCUGGAGGCGUGGAUGCGGGUGCACCCGGAUGGCGAUAUGCUGCCGGAGAUUGCCAAGUUUCGCUACCCGUUCUGGUUGUUCGUCCGCCAGCCGUUGAAGAGUCUGCUCAAGGACGACAUCACGAUAGAGAACUACCGCAAGCUGCUCGUGCUGGUGCACAUGAAGGCACUCCUGGAGGGGUUGGACCCGAACGAGAUGAACGACUACUUCUGCCGCUCGACCGUGGUCAACUCGAUCAACGAGUACAAGAUACAGCACAAGGAACUAUUCCAGCAGUCCGAGUGGAACCGACAAACGAAGAACAAAGCGUUCUUGCAGGCGAUCCUCCGCAUCGUAGACUCAGUAAUAGAUCGAUCGUCGAAGCUGCAUAUUCUGUACUACAUCGCGUGCAACGCCCUGGACGGGGACGAUCAGGUGAAGGCGGCCCACACGUGCUACAAGUUCGCCCGCAACUACGAACAAGAGCUGUCCAACAUUCCCGAGGCGAAGGAUAAAAUGGAGAAGAUCUACCGCAAGUACCCGGUGCUGCGGACUCAGCAGCUACUCCAGCAAAACGGGGUGACGGACGAGAAGCAGUUCCAGCUGGUGAAGCAACCGCAAGAGCUGAUCCGGGCACUGUACAGCGACUCGUGCUUCCAGAAGGUGAAGGUGAACGAUCUCGCCGCGGAUAUUGGCAAGCUGCACAAUCUCGAUGUCGAGGCUAUCCAGGUGGCGCUGCUGCAGAAGUGGCUCACGAUGUUCGGUGGUCCAGGGCUAGGUGAUGGCUUUGAGGAGAUGAUGGAGGAGACCCUGUACGACGAUCACAACGUGUCCGACCAGAGCCAGGAGGACGAAACGAACGUGCACGAGUGUAUGGCCCGGGCCUACUACAUCCUCAGUAGCUGGGAGCGCUCGAAGAGUGUCGAGUUUCUGGUGGCCCAGCUCAACUCCAGCGUGGACGCAUCGACGGGCUCAUCCGACAUCGGCAAGCAGCUACAGAUCUACCAGUGCUUUAGCAAACUGGCGAACGACAACUGUACCUCGUACCAGGAGUUCUUCACGCAGAACCGCUACGUGGCGCUCCGGUGCGUUCAUUUGCUGAAAUCACUCGGUAUGCAUCACCUGUCGAUCGGAAAGUUCGAGAGCGCGGACAAAAUGGCGCUGCUCAAGAUGCUCUGGCAGUCACACGCUACCAACCCGAAGGGCCUCGAGGCGCUGUCGCUCAUCUGCAUCGGGUAUGGCAUCUACGUGCCGCAGGUUUGGAACGGCAUCCUGAAGCAGAUGGCCCGGCUCGGGCUGGUGUCGAACCUGCGCGCGCUGAUCGACGUCGUAUCGGCCCAGCGACAGCUGUUCGGGCUCGAGGGGUACCGGAUGGCGUGGGAGAUACUGAUCAAGGAGCCGUUCCGCAGUGCCAACCGGGAGCAAUCGCUUACGGAGGACACCAUGCUCGCCCGCUCGCUGGUCAUGCUGCAAAAGUGUCCGAUCUCGUUCCGGUUGAACCUGCUCGAGGUGGCAGACGUUUGCAUUAACGUGAAUCGAGUGAACAUGGGUGCCGUGCUGAUCGGGUUCGCCACCGAUGAGCAAAAGGAAGCACUGAAGAAGCUGAUCGCCAACCUAACCGCACCGAAUUUGAUCGAGCAAAUACGAGAGCUAGAAGAGUUUGGUCUAGUGACUACCAUUACGAAGGCCGUAUGCAGAGAAUUAAAGCUUAACGAAUCGUCACCCCCGACAAAGCGAUGGCGAUAAAUAGCGAUGGUGGUCGCCCUUCGGUACUUAUUCACCCAUUUUAAUCCCUUUUGUUAACUUAACGCCAUAUGUAUUAGUUGUUAAAGUCAAAAUAAUUAAAAGCAUUCUUAAGCAAAUCUAUUAUCGUCGUUAACAAUACGAAAUUAUGCGAUCUGAAAUAAUUUUUUUUAUAAAACCGAAAAAUGUACUUAAGAUUCUCAAGAUAGAACAGUAUUAG